AUUAUCAAUCAAUCAAUCUGUAUGGGUGCGACAGUGUAUGGGUGCGUCAAUCUGGCAACGAUGCUCGGAUGUAAACAAAGUCAGCUGGUGGACGGCGUGGGAGCUGAGCGGCGCCUUGGUCAAUGGUCACCUGUGGCAUUCUUCUGGGCACACACUGAGCCAGUUGCCAGCCAUGCUCCUGCUGCCCCGGGAGGUGUGCCGCCGCUGUGUGGCAUCGCGGCUGCUUGGGGGCCACACCUGGGCCGUGCGUCUACUCUCCCUCGGCCAACCCUCAGCGGCUGGCAAGAACCUGUCCAAGCAUGUCAGGCCGCAGGGAGGAGAAGGCUUCACUCACAAAGCCCGGGAGGCAACGCGCACCACCACCUACACCGCCGUGGUGCUGGUGGGCAUUGGGGUCACUGGCCUCAUGAUGUACACCAUCUUCAGGGAGCUCCUCUCCUCCUUCUCACCACAGACGGUGUACACGGCUGCGGUGGAGAAGUGCAGCGCCCACCCCAGAGUUACAGACUUCCUUGGAGAUGCCAUAAAGGGGUUCGGGGAGGAGAGUCGGAGAGGCCGUCGCACACACAUCAGCCACAUGGGUUACGAGGUUGACGGCAGCAAAGGUUUCCGCAUCAAGUUCCACCUCAAAGGACCCCGAAGGACAGCCACAGCUCACGGCGACGCCAGGGAGACCCCUGGGGGCGGGUGGGCCUUCCGGUACCUCUUCGUUCAGCUGGACUCUUACCCGCACGAGGUCAUUGUGAUCGAGGACAACCGGGAGACACUCUUUGGCGCAGCGGGGGAGGCCCAGGACACCCCCUUGCCCCUGCACGUCUGACACUGAGGCUGUGGCUAAGGCUGCGACUCUGGCAAUUGUCGCUGAUAGUACUAAGGCUGUCAUUGAUGUUAUUUUCAUUGGUUUACUUUAAGUCAAUAGCUUACAAACUCGAUUAGUCUCUGGUUGAUGUUCUUUUCUUUGUUUUCUUUAACCCCUUGACUGUGGAUUUCCUACAAGAAGACUUCACCAAGCUACAGGAAUGGAGCAAAAAGUGGCUGCUACAAUUCAAUGAAGAAAAAUGUAAAGUCCUGCACCUUGUGAGGGGAUAUCCAACACACCAAUAC